CAGUGCAAAAUGACAUGCCCACGUCACGCUCUGUAUACCUUUAGGAGUCCCAUGCCUCUCGUUGAAAUGCAUGCCACCAACUUCGCACCAACAUGAGCAACCUAGGCGAGUCGGGACGCAGUUUCGAGACGGUUAAAGAAGACCUCGCGAGAUCAAUUCUGGCAGCGAAAAAACCAGCGGAUCUCAUAGUUCCGUUGAUCUACUCCAUCCCAGUCUUCGCACCAGUGAGAAUAUGCAUUGAGCUUGGUGUAUUCGAGCACCUAUCCAGGUCCAGCGUUCCACUGUCGGCAGAUACACUCGCAAAGGACCUCUGCGGCCAAACGGGUCAAGAUGCUGGCAACAAGAGUGAAACCUGUGACUUUCUCGUGCGUAUGCUGCGCACAGUGCAAGCCAUCGGCCUCGUCGAUGAAGUGGCCGAGUUCACGUAUCUUGCCAACGCCUUGACACACACCAUGGCCGAGCCGGGCUUUGCUGCGGGUUUCCAGUUGACGUUCGACAAUUUGACGGAGCCGAAGAGCACAAUAUCGGAAAUGUUGAAAUACCACCAAGCAAAUGCCUGGCAAGUUGCUGCAUCCGCCAACGAUGGUGCAUGGCAACGAGCAAGGAAUGCAGUCGGGACGUCGACGUUCGACAGCUGGGUUGCGGAUGAUCCGAUUCAACUGACUCGGUUGAAUGCUUUGAUGCAGCGUAUGCAAAGUGAUCGACUGCAUUGGACCGAAUGGUUUCCUGAGAACCGACUGUUUCAUUAUGCUGGCAGGAACCCUGAACAACGUAUGGUCGUGGUCGAUGUGGGAGGCGGUCGCGGGCACGAUAUCAAGGCAUUUGCGAAGAAGUAUGCACAGGCGCCAGUCUCAGCAAUACUGCAGGACCUCCGCGGCACAAUCGAAGAGGCAAGGGCCGAGAUGCAAGCAGCAGGUAUCGAGGUGUGCGUGCAUGACUUCUUCCAGCCGCAGCCGGUGCGAGGCGCGGACAUCUACUACAUGCACAAGAUCAUGCAUGAUUGGCCGGAUGAAGGCUGUGUCCGCAUUCUCGAGCAUCUGCGAGAUGCCAUGACGCCUCGGUCUCGAAUUCUGAUCAACGAAGUCAUCUUGCCGAAUAGAGGCUGCUCUCUUCUGCAUGCCUGUUUCGACAUCAACAUGCUGGCAUUACACUCCGGUAGAGAGCGGGAUGAAGCAUCGUGGGAACGACUGAUCUCCCAAGUCGAAGGGCUGAGCAUCCGUAAGUUUUGGCACGCCCCCAAUGACGAAGGAGAGGGCAUUGUGGAGGUGGGCCUCACCAACUUCUGAUGGCGCUGCGGUCAAUGGUGUUGGAGGUCGGAGUUGUCGCGACGGACUUGAAGUUGGGUAGUUAUGGGAGACUUUGCUCAGCCACGAUCUUGUCACAAACCCAAUUACAACG